UUCUGUGACCUCUGGAGGAGAACAUGCUGCAUCAUCCAGUGUGACUGCCCCUGUGCUGUGACCGCAGGAUGAUCCCGGGAGCAGGACAUGGGAUUUCCUUCCGUUCUGAUCUCUAUAUUUCAUUUGAUGCCAUGUGGAAAUGAUGGGAUGGCGGCGCACAGCGAUCUGGAUGAGACCAUGUGUAAGAGGACGCUGUGCCCGCAUCCGCAGUGCUGGGUGUCCUUCCGGAGGAUAGAGCAGGGUAACCCGCGUUACCGGCCGCCUGGGUCUGUCACGAGAUUACCCUCACAGGAUGCAGCAGGCGGACUCCCGUUCCUGAGUGUAACCACUUUACCAAGUUGCCAAACGCCACCAAAUGACAAUGAGCUUCAUCAGCUCCACGUGUCCUCCUUACUGACAUUCAGCGCAGAGUCUGCUCCUAGAGAGUGCACCCUGUACAGCAGUGCUGCCACCUGCAGUAUGGACAAAGUGCUCUUCCCGGGUGUGAACUCGCUCAGGGGGAUGAGAGGGCCGUCUAGAAGCCCGGAAUCUUACGCCUCUUCUCACAGGAAGACUGCGCAGGUGGAUGUAGUAGAUCCCUACUUCAAAGAUGGAAGGAGCAGACACAUGACCAUGAUAUGGGUGCCAAACGCCCAGCAGAAACCUCAGACGAAAGACAGCGAGAAACCACCGAAGGUCCAGAUUAAAUACCUGACACUUGCAGACAUGCCUGGAGGAGAGAAGGGGGAAACCUGGAACCCAGCUCUGCCAGCACAUAGGAAGAAGAAACCCCCGACAGGUGGGUGCCCCCAUAAUCUGACCCUUGCCAGCUCGUCACCGCCCGUCCCGGCUCACACAAAGACCUGGAUGUCAGGAAGCUCCGUGAAGGACCACCCCGAGGUGAUGACAAAGAACAGGAGAUGGCUUUAUGACCAUUUCCCAGACAAGGGUUCCCAAGCUUAUCCAGCUCUUGAUAACACAUUACUGGAGAACCGGCGUGUGGUUCUGCAUGAUACCAGGGCGAGGCGCCAGCACAGCCCAGCUGUACCGCACACAGGAGGCCCGGUGUACAGACUGGAUGAGCAGCAGUUUGCAGCCCUGGAUAACAUGGAGAUGAAUUUGGACAGCAUCAGGAACCAGUAUUACCUGUGGAAGAAGUAUAUUGACAUGACCAGACCCAGCCGCAGAAUAAAGCCACCUGGCUCCGUGGUUUGUGACGUAGCGCGAUCAUCUGACUCUGGGAGCAGAGAUUCUCCAUCCUCCCCUGGAUUUUCACAAAGCUCUGGGACAGGCGCUGAGCCCUAUAAUACACCUCGAGAGAUGGACGCCGUGAGGAAAAGCCAGCAGGACGUUCCAGGAGCAGGGGACAGAGACGGAGAGUCUGUAGAGCCCCCUGGUGACCGGGAUAGCGCACAAGUACUUCCAGACAUAGAACAGGAACAUCUCCCUGAAGAAGAGGAAUCAACAAGACCAAAUGUAUCUCCCGAUCCAGCAGAACCCUCAAUACGUAGCCUGGAAAUUACAGACGUCCAGGAAUCCUCUGAGGGAGGAGUUUCAUCGCCGCAGCCCAACCCUCCACCGCCCUCCCCAGUGCGCUAAACCAGCGCUAACUUCCCUGACACUCAGUUCACUUCCAUAAUCCAUAUUACAGCCAAUCGGCUUCCAGCAUUUACAGCCAAUCAGCUCCCAGCAUUUGCAGCCAAUCAGUUCUCAGGAAACAGCUUCCAGUAAUAACAGCUCUCUGUAAUUGCUAAUGUACCAUUUGGUAAACAAUUGACUUUCCCAUAUCAAAUGUCUGUGCCUCACAUAUGAGGUGUGAGGUACAGCGCAGAUUGCAUCAUGAUUGUAUGUCUAUAUAAAACAACUCUUAUUUUGGCACUA